CAGAGGGGCGGUGCUCCGUGUCCUCCAGCCACCCUCUCAGCUCAUCAUCAGCGUUUGAGCGGAGGCAGAUAGGAGGGUGGAGAGCCGGGCAGGAGUGACUUUACAGUAAAUUAGAGGAGUCAAACCAUUGAUUUGAAAAGCCAGACCUUAUGUUUGUGGAUUUUUCUGCAUUGGAUAUUUUCUUUAUGUGGCCGCACAGGAGGAGGGACAUUUCCUUUUAGCUAGUUGUGAGCUUUUUUCCUUUUUGGCAGUAACGGUGCUUUUCCCAGAGUAAACCGCUAGCAUAAAACCAUACCUGACAGGUCUCAUGUAGUUUGUCUUUACUCGCUUUUGUAGGACAUUAGCUAAGCCCGAGGAGGCUAAAUUUGAGAAUGCAUUUUGCUAAGGGGUUUCAACAAAAAAAUGUGACUACUGCCCCCCCGUGAUGCAGACAAGCCCUGUCGUUGUCAUUUGUCAGCUGGGUCGUGUGUGGAGAAGACUGUGGAUUAACGUUUUCCUUUCUUCCUCCGAGAAACCACGAACGUCUUUCAGUGCCCUUUAGCCAAAAUGAGCGUCGAUUUAAUUGAAUCAACUACACCAGUGGAGUCUUAACAGACACAAUUUUCCCCGAGGAGUGCACAUUUUUCCAUAUCUGCUGAAAUAAGCGGCGCCAAUUGCCUUGGGAAAUAUGGACAACGAGGUUUUCACCCCUUUGCUGGAGCAAUUUAUGCUGACGCCUUUGGUCUGCUGGGUGAAGACAGUCGGGCGGCCGACAGUGACCGAUGGCACCAAAUUAUCGGAAUAUAUUGAAUUAGUGGAUGGGAUUUAUCUCAACGAGAUAAUGCUUGAGAUAAAUCCUAAGGCCACGGUGCAGAGGACCAACAAGAAGGUGAACAAUGAUCCCACGCUCCGCAUUCAGAACCUUUCUAUUCUCAUCAGGCAGAUUAAAGCUUACUAUCAGGAGAGUCUCCAACAGCUGGUAAUGAUGCCUUUACCAAACGUGCUGGUAAUGGGCCGAAACCCUCUCUCUGAGCAAGGUCUGGAGGAGAUGAAAAAACUUUUGCUGUUGCUACUAGGCUGUGCUGUUCAGUGUGAGAAGAAAGAAGAGUACAUUGAGUGUAUCCAGACCCUGGACUUUGACACAAAAGCUGCCAUAGCAUCCCACAUCCAAGAGGUUACUCAUAAUCAGGAGAACGUAGUCGAUCUGCAGUGGUUGGAAAGUGGCGAAACGCCUCCUGAGAAUCUGGACAGCCUUUCCAGAAACCUGGCUUUCCACCUGAAACGCCUGGUGGAUGAAAGGGACACACAGCUAGAGACUAUAGUGGAGUUAACUCAGGAGAGAGACUGCGUGCAGCUGUCUCCGCUGGCUCCCUGUCCAACCCAGUCUCCCGGUGACUCCCCCAGCAUGAGGAGGACUGAGAGCCGCCAGCACCUCUCUGUGGAGUUGGCUGAUGCCAAGGCCAAGAUCAGGCGCCUGCGUCAGGAACUAGAAGAGAAGAGUGAGCAGCUUUUGGACACCAGACAGGAGCUUGAGAAUAUGGAGGUGGAGCUCAAGAGGCUUCAGCAAGAGAGCUACCAGCUGCUGUCAGAUGCUCGGUCAGCUCGGGCCUACCGUGACGAAUUGGACGUACUCAGAGAGAAAGCGAUCCGUGUAGACAAACUGGAGAGCGAGCUGAUCCGAUACAAGGAGAGACUCCAUGACAUUGAGUUUUACAAGGCCAGAGUUGAGGAGCUAAAAGAAGACAAUCAGGUCCUGUUGGAGACUAAGACCAUGCUGGAGGAGCAGCUGGAUGCCAGCAGGACCCGCUCUGACAAACUACACCUCCUGGAAAAAGAGAAUCUGCAACUGAAAUCCAAGAUCCAUGACCUGGAGAUGGAGCGGGACUUGGACCGUAAACGCAUGGAAGAGCUGCUGGAAGAAAACCUUGUGCUCGAAAUGGCCCAGAAGCAGAGCAUGGACGAGUCCCUACACCUGGGCUGGGAGCUGGAGCAACUAUCCAAGACACCAGAGCUGACUGAAGUCCCUCAGAAGUCUCUAGGUGAGGAGGUGAAUGAGCUGACCUCAAGUCGCAUGUUGAAGCUGGAGAAAGACAAUCAGACCCUGCUGAAGACUGUGGAGGAGCUCAGAGGUGCAGCCAGUCAGGACACUAUGGCAAAACUGGCCAAGGUCAGCCAAGAAAACCAGAGACUGAACGAGAAGUUGGAGCAGUUGGGGAGUGAACUGGCAGCAGAUAGAGAGUCACUUCGCAGCGCUGAAUUGCUCAGCACUGACCUGAUGAAGGAGAAGGCUUUACUGGAGACGACUCUGGAAACACUCCGAGAAAACUCGGAGAGACAGCUGAAGGAUCUGGAGCAGGAGAACAAACACCUAAGCCAGACUGUGUCGUCUCUGCGCCAGCGCUGCCAGGUGGGUGCUGAGGCGCGGGUCAAGGAUGUGGAGAAAGAGAAUCGUGUUCUCCACGAGUCCAUCUGUGAGACAACCGCCAAACUAAAUAAAAUGGAGUUUGAAAGGAAACAACUACGUAAGGAGCUGGAUGUGAUGAAGGAGAAAGGUGAGAGAGCAGAGGAGCUGGAGAUUCAGAUACAGAAGCUGGAAAGGGACAAUGAGAGCCUGCAAAAGAAAGUUGCUAGUCUAGGAAUCACCUGUGACAAGGUGUCUUCUUUGGAGAAGGAGAACACAGAGCUUGAAGCAGAAGGCCGUCGUCUGAAGAAGAAACUGGAUGCUCUGAAAAAUAUAGCCUUCCAGCUGGAGGCUCUAGAGAAGGAGAACUCCCAGCUGGAGCAGGAGAACCUGGAGCUUCGGCGCUCAGCUGAGAGCCUCCGGUCAGCGGGGGCUAAGGCUGCUCAGCUAGAAGCUGAGAACAGGGAACUGGAGAGUGAGAGGAGCCAGCUGAAGCGCAGCAUAGAACUGCUCAAAGCCUCAUCCAAGAAGACAGAGAGAUUAGAGGUGAGUUACCAGGGCCUAGAUACGGAGAACCAGCGCUUGCAGAAGGCUUUAGAAAACAGCAGCAAGAAGAUUCAGCAGCUGGAGGCAGAACUACAAGAGGUAGAGACUGAGAAUCACACACUCCAACGCAACCUAGAGGAGCUCAAAAUCUCAAGUAAACGCCUGGAGCAACUGGAGCAAGAGAACAAGGCUCUGGAACAGGAAAGCUCCCAGCUGGAGAAAGACAAGAAGCUUCUGGAGAAGGAGAACAAGCGGCUAAGGCAGCAGGCCGAGAUCCGUGACUCUAAACUGGAUGACAGCAACCAGCGGAUUUCCACAUUGGAGAAAGAGAAUCGGACCAUGGGCAAAGAGAUGAUCUUCUUCAGGGACUCCUGCACAAGAGUGAAAGACCUGGAGAGAGAGAACAAGGAGUUGGUCAAACAGGCCACCAUUGAUAAGAAGACCCUGAUCACACUCAGAGAGGAGCUUGUGAGUGAGAAGCUACUGACUCAGCAGAUGAAUAAUGAUUUAGAGAAACUGACCCAUGAGCUGGAGAAGAUUGGACUGAACAAGGAAAGGCUACUGCAUGAUGAGAGCUCCGAUGACAGGUUUAAGAUUCUGGAAACCAAACUGGAGUCUACUCUGAAAUCGACUUUGGAGAUUAAACAGGAGAAGAUUGCCGCCCUAGAGGCCAGGCUGCAGGAGUCCUCGAACCUGAACCAGCAACUUCGCCAGGAGCUCAAGACAGUGAAGAAAAACUAUGAAGCAUUACGUCAGAGGGAGGAGGAGGAGAGGAUGGUGCAGAGCUCACCCUCUAGAGGAGGGGAGAACCCUCAGUCUGUCAGUAAAUGGGAGAAGGAGAGCCAUGAAGCCACCAGGGAACUGCUGAAAGUCAAAGACAGACUCAUCGAGGUGGAGAGGAAUAAUGCCACGCUGCAGGCUGAAAAAGCGGCCCUGAAGAGCCAGCUCAAACAACUGGAAUCUCAAAGCUCCAACUUGCAGGCUCAGAUAGUGGCCCUGCAGCGACAGACUGCCUCAUUACAGGAGAACAAUACGACACUACAGACGCAGAAUGCCAAGCUGCAGGUGGAGAACUCUACCCUGAGCUCACAGAGUGCAGCGCUCAUGACCCAGAAUGCCCAGCUGCAGAGCCAGCAGAGCAGCGUGGAAGGUGAGCGUGAAGGAGCACUGAAAGAGAAAGAAGAGCUGAGGGCCACCUAUGAGAUGCUCCUCCGUGAUUAUGAGAAGCUGGCAGCGCUCCAUGAGAGGCAGGCGGCUGAGUAUGAGGCCUUAAUAGGAAAACACGGCGGCCUGAAGACCUCCCACAAGAACCUGGAGCAGCAGCACAGGGACUUGGAGGACAAGUAUAAGCAGCUGCUGCAGAGGAAGGGGGAGCUGGAGGAUCUGGAGAAAAAUCUAAAAGAGCAGCAGGACAAGAUGGCAGUAGAGAACCAAACGCACCAAGCCACAGCUGACCAGUGCAAACUGCUCAAAGAGGAAAAUGAUAGACUGAAUACUACCUAUUGUCAGCUGCUCAAGGACAAUGAGAAUCUCCAGUUGGACCACAAGAACAUCAAGAGCCAGUUAAACAGUGCUAAGUUGGAGCAGACAAAGCUGGAGGCUGAGUUCUCCAAACUGAAGGAGCAGUACCAGCAGCUGGACAUUACUUCCACCAAGCUCACCAACCAGUGUGAGUUGUUGAGCCAGCUAAAAGGAAACCUGGAAGAGGAGAAUCGCCAUCUGUUGGACCAGAUCCAGACUCUGAUGCUACAGAAUCGCACACUGCUGGAGCAGACCAUGGAGAGCAAGGACCUGUUCCAUGUAGAGCAAAGACAAUACAUAGACAAGCUGAAUGAGCUGAGGAGACAGAAGGAGAAGCUGGAGGAGAAGAUCAUGGACCAGUACAAGUUCUAUGACCCCUCACCUCCACGCAGGCGUGGCAACUGGAUCACUCUGAAGAUGAAGAAGUUGAUCAAGCCGAAGAGCCGGGAGAGGAUGCGUUCGCUCACACUGACUCCAUCCCGUUCAGAAUGUGGGGACGUGUUCCUGAGCUUUCCUCAGGACAGUCAGGACAGCUCGUCUGUAGGCUCUGGCUCCAACUCGCUGGAUGACACACUCAGACAGAAGAGGAGCAACCGGAGGAGAGGGCAGCAGCCCCAUGCCCAAGGGCAGGGUUCUUCCAAUGCUUUAAAGUUGCCUUUCAUGAGGAACAGAUCCAAGGACAAAGACAAGGCCAAAGCCAUCUACCGGCGCUCCAUGUCUAUGAAUGACCUGCUGCAGACAAUCACGGUGGCCGGGGGUCCGGGGCCUCAGUGGGCAGGCAGCACCGACAACCUAGAUGGCACUGAGGCCGGAGAUGUAGGCGUGACGGGCCGAAGCAGACGUAGCGGUCAGCGCAUGAAAGAACUCGCCUUUUCUACUAAUGCCAUCGACUGUGCCACUCUCACCCUGCCCACUGCAGAGCACAGCCGGGCCAAGCACCAGCUUCAGGUCAAAGAUCAUGUCUCCUGCGAGGAUGUUGGCAGCUCCCUAGAUGACCCCAAAAGUCAAGCCUCCAGACCCUCCAGUCUCCAUAGCAACAGGACCACCACUAGUAAUAGUAACGUUAACUCCCACCUCACUUCUCCUCUGGAAGGCGAAGGCGCACUGAACGGCAACAUCAGCAGGCCUCAAAGUGAGAGCAGCGGAGAGUUCAGCCUAAGUUUAGACCAAGAGGUGUGGUCCAGCAGUGGUAGCAGCCCUGUCCAGCAGCCCACCUCAUCACGUUCCUCCCACCAGAGCCCGCUGCAGCUGCGCAGGUCCCUUGACCCGUCCACCACCGCAGGCAGUCCCAGCCAGCUCCAGACCAGGAAGACAGGAUCCCUGGGUAGCGAAGUGCUCUCCCUGCAGCAGUUCCUGAAUGAGGGUAUUGAUCCAGCAGAGUCCGGCAGUCAGGAGAACCUCGCUGUCGACUUGACUCGCCUCUCCACUACUUCUGAGCACGUGCAGAAAGAGCGCACUUCCACAAAGGGACGGGGCAUAUUACGCUCAUCCAGUGGGAAAGCAGCACCAGUUAGCGCUGACCGUCCACCGAGAUCCUCUGGACAACCGGGGCGCCCAUCCCUGCGGAAGGCAGAAAGCACCCGUGUGAAAGGCUCCGUCCCGGUCCGCUCCAGCCUGUCCUCGCAGGGAAAAGCCACAUCCGUCUCUGAACGCCUAGACUCCACCUCCUCUACGUUGCCUCGGGCCAGCAGCGUCAUCUCCACGGCCGAAGGCACCACACGGCGCACCAGCAUCCACGACCUGUUGUCCAAGGACAAUCGGCAGCCUGUGUCAGUUGACGUGUCUCCUCCUGUCGCUCCCAUGAAGGCUGGGCUACGCUCCCAGCCUACACCCAGUGAGUACAACCCCAAGAUCACCAACCUACAGGGACCCCUUACCACCAUCACACCCCUGCCCAAGUCACUCAGCUUGCCAUGCCAUAGCUUGGAUGACCCUGACCUCUCCACCCUCGAGUCCUUUCUGGGCCCCUCCUUCACUGUUGAGUCAGUGUUCAUGGACUCCAUCUUUAGCGAGUCAGCAGGCAAUAACAUCCCUUUCCUGUCUCUAAAUCCCACCCUAGUCAGCAACAUCAGCGGGCCACCUGUUACAAAUAAAACACACCCUCUUCCUAACCACAACCACAUUUCCUCCUCAAACCAGACCCCUCAUAGCCAAACAAACAGCCAGAUGACAUCCAGCACAGCCAGUUUGAAAGAGUAUAAUGAGGGUGUCGAUCCAGAUCGUGUGAACAAUUCAGAGCAGUCACUGAGCCCAGAGGACAGCCAGUCUCUGUGGUAUGAGUAUGGGUGUGUGUGAGUGACAGGCAGCUUCUGGGUUGCUGAUCUCUGUACCAGACUUGACUCAGAAGAGAGAAUGAAAGGAUGGACACUGACCAGUCCUCCUCCUCUGCAUGUAUCAUCAGAGCAGUCUGUCUGUGUGCUGUGCUGGUUUCCUUCUUUUCUGGUUUACCACAGUGCUGAUCAGUGAUUUGCUGUUUUUGUUUUUUCUUUUUGUGUCACCCCUGUUCUGACCUUUCUGUUCUCUGAGGUGGGAACUGGGAUAAAUGUUCUUCCAUCCAAAUGUCUGUGUCAUAUCACUGUUUCACUGACUAACAUUACAUUAUUAUCUGCUGUAAUGGGUCUAAACGUCACAGUUAAGGCUCCAAAUUUCUGCAGUGAGUAGAAAUACUGGAGAUUUAUCAGGAAUUGAGUUUCACAUGCUGCCAAAACACACAAAGUGACAGCAGGUUCAGUGAAUCUGUCAGAAGGAUCUGUAAAAAGCAGCAGAACCACAUACUGUCAGAAAUGGCUGUCUCUGUUAGAGAGCAAAGCAUUGUGGGACAAAUCUUAUAGUAACAGUUUCCUCAAAUCAAAGUCACUGAAUGUGUCAGAUAACAGAUCGACCAUCCACUUUGUGUUUACUGUGAUGUGUUGAUGUAGGGGAGAGUGUCUUUCACUGCUUUACUUCAGUUGCAUUAUCCACUAAGCUGCAUGGCUUUUUUCUGUCUGGCCUGAAACACCGAGUUUGAUUACUGUGACCAAAAUGGUUUUUGUUUCUCUUGAUGGUGUGUAUUGUUUGUUUUUGUACAUUUGACACAUUUUUGUUUAUAUAUAUAUAUUAACUGGAGUAUCUGAUGAGAUUUGAGCUGGUGGACAGUGACAAAAUGAUGACGCUUCAUUCCCAAAACGAUCAGAGGGGCAGAUUUAGUAAGUGAAUGUAAACAGUGACUGUGCAAUACGACCAGGAUGACUGUUAUGUAGAGUUCAUGAAACAGGGAGUUGGCAGAUUGUUUUGGGAGUGACACCAACAUCAUUUAUUUUGGUAUUUUUAAACUUUUAUAUCCUGACUCGUCCUAGUUUGCAGAUGGAUAAUAUUUGAUCAUGCAUUUUCGACUGACAAGAUCAUGUACAGAUUAUCAUUAUUCAUUUAUAAUCGAUGACCAGAACUGCUCAUUGUGCCGAUACUAGUGGACCUGUCUGCAUCUAGAUCCUUAUUUAUUCUCGUUGUUCUACUCUGUAGUUGCUCUGUUGUAUUUAUCUUGAUCUACAGUAUGUACAGGUAACAAGCAAAUGAUGAUGUUUUUGUCACUGUCUACAGAUGUAAUAAACAUUGCCUUUGUC